UGCAGAGGAUGCUCCUGACUAGCAAUCCAAGCUUACAAAGACAUGACGCCCCUUUUGCUGAAUAAUUAGAAGAGGAAACACUCACUUUCUAAGAGGAAGUGAGUGAGAAGCUCCAGGGCAGGUCAGCCUGCAGAAGGUGUGAGCCUGGGUGCAGGUCCUGCUCUCAGGGUCAGCUGGGAUCUGUGCUGGCUGCUGUUGAUAGGUCAGGGGGCCAGGAGAGAGGAGCGAGGACCAUGCAGCUGCUUCCAGCUCUGCUCCUCUUCGGCCUCCCCGGGUACUGCUUCAUUCAGGGUCCCAGGACGGCGACAGGUGGAAAGCAGGAGUCAACAUUCGUGCGGUGUCACUACAGCUCUGGGUUGGAGACUUACAACAAGUGGUGGUGCCGAGGAAGGAUCUGGACCGUUUGCCGUGUGCUUGUCCAAACCAGUGGGACAGAGCAAGAAGACCGUGACCGCGUGUCCAUCAGGGACAACCAAAAAGACCGUGUGUUCACAGUGACCCUGAAGGGACUUAGGCGAGAGGACGCAGGUACUUACUGGUGUGGGAUUGAGACACCUGGAGUCGACCACGGAGCACGAGUGAAAGUGAACGUUGACCCAGGAAGCAGCCACACAGCGAUAUCCAGCAACUCCCCUGCCAGGCCAAACGUCACCAGCAACAUGGGGAUGUCCUCAGGCUCCCAACGCCGGACCCACUACGUGCUCCUGGUGUUUGUGAAGGUGCCCAUCCUUCUUGUCUUGGUCAGUGUGGUCCUCUGGCUGAGGGGCACCCGCAGGUCCCAGAGGAGCAGUGGAUUUUGGUUGCCCAUGGGAAUGCGUCCUUUCCACGGUCCGCUGAUGACGUGGGCCCUUAGUGGGAUACACAGCAAGGGCCUGCCCAGCUUGAGCCCCUAUUCCAGCCAGUCAUCCCAAGUCCUGGGGGGUGGGAUGACCCAGGCCAGCUGUGGAGACCCAGCGUUGGCCUUUCCCAUAGUGCAAGCACCUGCACUGUGAUCCCCCUAUCACCACCAAGGGCGGGGCUCAGGGCCAGGAGCUGCUGGAGGGGUGCCCAAGCGGCAACCAGCAGGGCAAGGGGGCUGCCACACAUACGGACAGA